CUACUACUUAAGCUCACAUUUCCUGUUUCACUAUGCACUCUCAUCACAAACUCUACCCUUGGAGUUUCAUCUUCAUCUUGUUCCUUUGAGAGACAGCACAAGAAGGGAAGAUCUUUUUGUUUGUAGCAGGUUCAUUUACUAUGGAAAAUAUGAAUCAGUUCAAACCCACCGGUGAACCUCUUGCACCUCAACUCACUCAGACAGAGGUAAGUUCAAUGUUAGCUGCUCCUACUUCUGCACAUAACCAGGUGGCCUUAGUGCCAAGAGGAGCAACUUCCCAGAUUCAUGGGCAAAGUUUCUCCGUAGGCUAUGAUCUGUUUAGCCAAGUACUUCAAAAGGAGAAUUCACUUAUGAAUCCUUUCGGUUUGUCAAAUGAAUACACUGCUAGUUCUGGUCAGACAAUGAGGACAACUGAAAGAGCUGCACUACCACCACCUCUUCAGAAUGAUGCUACACUGAACUCUCAGAGGGCUUGGACCCCUACGUGGAUCUACCAGAACCAAUUUUCUGCUGCUGAUGCUAAUAAUCCUCAGUACUAUAGUAAUUACGUGCAGUAUGCCCCAGUAUAUAAUCCAAACAACCAGUCCCAGGUUGCUGUCCAUAAUGCUUAUGGAGAUCAAAUUAUUCAUUCUGGUCAAUUCUCCAGGCUGGACCAAUCGAUUGCUUUACAAAUGCGUCAAUUUGCUAAUGGAAGCACUAUCAAACCAACAAUUCCUGAAUUUCCACCUCGAAGGUCACUUUUUCCAAAUCCAUAUGCCAAGAAUGAGAAAGGACAGGGUCAAUCAGCUGAUCAUCAUAAGGCUUUUUAUUGGAAAAAUGAGGCAUUGAUGGUGGGAAGGGGACGAGUAGAACGACCAUGGGAUGCUUCAAAACUUGAAUCUGGGGAAGGCUCAUCUAAACGUCAUAAGCAGCAGACAAAUUCAGCAGCACCAAAGCAAGGACCUAAUGCAGGGCCUGCACUCCAGGGACCAAACAGUGCAUUUGAAAAUCCAAGGGUUGUGGAUCUGAGAAUUAACUCUGGAAACAAUAGGGAAUUUGUUAGCAACUCUCUCUAUGACCCUGCUUAUGAGACUCUUGGCCUACCAAUUGACCCUCAUCUCAGAUUGUUCCAAGCAUUGGCUGCUCGCGGGGAGAAAGGGUAUCGCAUGUACGAUUGAAAAACGCAUGCGUGGGAUUCUCAUGAGGACUCUCUUCAGUGUUCAAUAAAAUCCUCGAACUUGAGAAUGUGUUUGUUGGCUUGCUUUUAGUUUACAUCAAGAGUGUUCUUGAUGAGACCUAUGUUUCAUGUUUCCGUGUUUGGUAGAGACAUAAAACUAUCGUUGUGGUGUGUUUAAUAAUUUCCGUGCUAUGACCUGCAUGGAUCCCGUAUUCACUAUAUGGGCUUGGUUUAUUAAAUAAAGUAUACUAUCGUUAGACU